UUCUAUUUCAAAUUAAAAACAAUUACAUAAUAUUUGAAACCAAAAUAAACAAAAAGUUUAAUAUAGUUUAUGAAUAUCUUUAUUUCAACGCGGCUUAUUUUUAGGACUGGGAAGCCGAGUCUGUUUAUCCAAGCACCUUGCGCUUUCCCGCCACUAUCCGUUAGCUCCCGGACGGGCUGAUUCAAUAGGCUCCUAUAUUCUUAUGUCUUUCCACAACACAUCUUAUCUCCUUCUCCUCCUCCUUAUUUGGAACGCCAGAUGCCAGUACUUCGCUCCAUACCAAUGCUAAAAAUAACCUCUCCGUCCUCAUCUUCCCUCUGCUCCCUUCUCAAAUACAGCCUUUCCCACUUCCUAUAUCACUCGUUCCCGGUACCAACCCCUCAACGGAACGCCGACCCCAAACCCCAUCAAACUGUUUAUUCUUCUUUUAACCUCCGCGCUUUGCGCACCCAACAAUCGGCCCCCUCUUACUAUGCCUCUCUUCUCCAAUCCUGCAUUGCCCGGAAAGCGAUCAACCCUGGAAAACAACUCCAUGCUCAUCUAUGCCACGUGGGUCUCGGGUUUGAUUUAUUUAUAGCUACAAAGCUUGUUAAUCUUUAUUGUGUUUGUGACUCCUUAGGUGAAGCACAUCUCUUGUUCGAUAGAAUUCCUAAAGGUAAUUUGUUCCUUUGGAAUGUUUUGAUUCGUGGAUAUGCGUGGAAUGGACCGUAUGAGGCUGCUAUUUCUCUUUACUACCAAAUGCUUGAUUAUGGGCUCGAGCCUGAUAAUUUUACAUUCCCGUUUGUGCUCAAGGCAUGCUCUGCCCUUUCUGCCAUUGAAGACGGGAGGAAGAUUCAUGAACACGCAUCAAGGACAGGAUGGGAGACAGAUGUGUUUGUGGGUGCCGGUUUAAUUGAUAUGUAUGCCAAGUGUGGUUGUGUUGGAAGUGCUCGCCAAGUGUUUGAUAGGAUUGAAGUAAGAGAUGCUGUGUUAUGGAACUCUAUGCUUGCUGCGUAUGCACAAAAUGGGCAUCCAGACGAGUCACUCAGUCUGUGUAGUGAAAUGGCAUUGGCAGGUCUGAGACCCACAGAGGCAACUCUUGUGACUGUGAUAUCAGCUUCAGCUGACAGUGCAGCUCUUCCUCAAGGGAUGGAACUUCACGGGUUUAGUUGGAGACAUAGGUUUGAGUCCAAUGACAAGGUAAAGACUGCACUGGUGGAUAUGUAUGCCAAGUGUGGUUAUGUGAAGGUGGCUAGGAAUUUGUUUGAGCGGCUUAAGGAGAAAAGAGUUGUCUCUUGGAAUGCAAUGAUAACUGGGUAUGCGAUGCAUGGUCAUGCUACUCAAGCACUGGCUUUAUUUGAGGAGAUGAAGGAGAAAGCCCGGCCUGAUCACAUAACUUUUGUGGGUGUUCUGGCAGCUUGCAGUCAUGGGGGUUUGCUUGACGAAGGGCGGAUGUAUUUUCAAUUGAUGAUGAGAGAUUACCACAUAGAUCCAACAGUUCAGCAUUAUACAUGCAUGGUUGAUCUCCUUGGCCACUGUGGGAGAUUAGAAGAGGCUUACAAUCUGAUAAUGCAAAUGAGAGUACUGCCAGAUUCUGGCGUAUGGGGUGCUUUGCUGAAUUCAUGCAAAAUCCACGGCAAUGUGGAGUUGGGUGAAGUAGCAUUAGAAAAACUAACUGAACUUGAACCUGAUGAUUCUGGAAAUUAUGUGAUUUUAUCAAACAUCUAUGCUCAAGCAGGCAAGUGGGAUGGAGUUGCAAGACUGAGAAAGCUGAUGAUGGAUAGGGGAAUAAAGAAAAGCAUUGCUUGUAGCUGGAUUGACAUAAAAAAUAAAGUCCAUGCAUUCCUCUCUGGUGAUAAUUCACAUCCUGAUUCUGAAGCAAUAUAUGCAGAAUUGAAGAGGCUAGGAGGACGAAUGAAAGAAGCUGGCUAUGUCCCAGCUACUGGAUCAGUUUUCCAUGAUGUGGAGGAUGAUGAAAAGACUAAUAUGGUUUGCAGUCACAGUGAAAGGUUAGCAAUUGCAUUUGGACUCAUUAGUACCCCUGGAACCAGGCUUUUGAUAACGAAGAACCUCCGGGUAUGCGAGGACUGUCAUGUUGCAAUCAAGUUCAUCGCAAAGAUAACAGAGCGGGAAAUCACUAUCAGAGAUGUCAAUCGCUACCAUCAUUUUAAAGAUGGGAGUUGUUCUUGUGGUGAUUAUUGGUAAAUGGAAUCGGGAGAAACAUUUGGAAAUUUAAGGUAUAUGUUCUAACCAAAACUAUCUAUAUUGGAAAUUAGGAUAUGAUGAAGAAGGAUAGUACAAUGAAUCUGGGUAGAGAACACUAUAUACACCAUUGUUGAUGGAAGCGAAGCGCAUGUUGUUAUCUGAA